GGUCACUGAGAUGAGAGUGGGAUACUUGUUGCUAUGGGCGGCCAUCAUCACCUUUGGAAGCGCUCAGGAUUUCAUAGAAGUUGACCCAGAUGCAGCGGGUUUCAAUGUAACACGAUGUGGACCUCUGGACAUAGGAUUGAUCAUUGAUGCCUCUGGAAGUAUCGGUCCCCGUAGAUUCGCCACUAUGUUGUCGUUUGUGUCGCAAGCAUUAAAACAAGGAGACUUCGUAUCGUCGCUCCGAGUUUCCGCUCUCACCUUCUCCAAAAGAGCGGUGGUAGAGUUCCUGUUUAACACUCAUAUUGCCAAACCUGACCCAAAGAUGGAAAUCCUCAACAACAUUGCCGAGUUGGUCUACACUAAGGGUGUCACUAAUACUUCGGGUGCCCUGCGCGUGGCAGAUGACACUUUGUUCGUGGACAAAAAUGGCGACCGAGAGGAGGUUCGGAAUAUGGCGGUAAUCAUUACAGACGGUAACUCUAACGUGGACCGGGAUCCAGUACAGGAUGCUACUAAACUGAAGGAGAAUGGGGUAUAUAUCUUUGGAAUCGCCGUCGGAACAGACAAAAGUAUUAACAUAGACGAGAUGAAAGCUAUAGUUUCAGAACCCGACAAACUGGUUCGUCUGAAACGCUACGAUGACCUCAUUCCUUUCAGGGAAACCAUUGUCAGAAGAAUGUGUGCUCCUUUUAUACCACCACCGAAUUGUAAAGAAGGAGAGGUGAAGAAAGAGCGAUGCCGUAAGGUACAGUGUAUCAACGGAGACUGGCAAAACGUCGGAUUCUAUGGAUGCUGCUACAAAGGCCGAGUCUUGUCUUGGAACCGGGAAGUGACGAUUGACUGUGACACGUACAGGUGUUACCAGGACGGUGUAUGUCAGGGGGGCGUGUGUGACCAUUACAGAGUUUCCAAAGUCAGUGAUGGUUGCCUGGUCGACGAUAAGUGUAUCGAGGAGGGAGCAGCUAUUGUAGUAGAAAAUGUUUGUGAGACCUUCAAAUGUGAAGCUGGAAAUUACAAAAUGGUUCAAAAAGAUUGUUUGGAUCCCAAUGGUAAAUGUGUGGCGAUCGGUAGUAGUUAUACAGAGCACUGUGUUACGUAUCAGUGCCAGGCGGUGAAUGGGAUGGUGGAAUUCAGACCAAUCCGUACAGGCUGUGCUUACAAUGGGGGAUGUUAUAACCUUGGAGCCACGGUCAUGGAAGGCUGUAACCAGUUGGUUUGUUCCUAUGACGAUGUUUCCCUGGGAUACGACUUCAUUCUACAAUCACAAGGAUGCAAUGAUAACGGUAAAUGUCGCGCUGUUGGUGAUGUUUGGGUGAACCAAGAGUUGUGUAUUCGAUACAGAUGUAAUUACAACAAGAGACAGCAAAGAGUUGUCAUCAGAGAGCAGUCUAUGGGAUGUCAAGCAGAAAAUGGUUGUGUGAAGAAGGGAACAGAGAGCGCUGAUGGCUGUAUCAAAUACGUCUGUAAUAAUAAGGGGGACAUGGAGAUAAUUUCUGUUGGGUGUGAGUUUGGUGGCUUGUGUAAAGCGGUGAAUGAGACCUGGCAGAAUCCGGGAAAUAAAUGUGCUAACUUUGUGUGUUUGUCUGAUAUUGCUGAAGACGGCAGUCCGUCCGCUUUCGUGCAGAUAGUGCAAGACUGUCAUGAUUUCAAUGGAAACUGUGUCAAGGUCGGUCAGACCGUUAAGGAGAAAUGUAACACCUAUCAGUGUGAUGAUAGAGGACAUCUGGAACCAAUCGCCGCCAAGUGUUCAUACAAAGGGCGGUGCUAUGCCAUCGGCGCUCAGUGGAUUGAUGGGGUCUCCUGUCAGCGACUCAAAUGUAACGGCGGUCCUUCUGGGUUGUAUCCAGUCAUAUUAAGGACCGACAUUGGAUGUGUGGAUGAAAGUGGAAAAUGCUACCUUGAGAACGCUACAAAACAGAUAGACAACAGCUGUCUACGAUACCAGUGCUAUGAAGAUCGUAUCAUGAGACUAGAAGUAUGUGAGUAUAAACAUACCUGCUACGAAAUCGGAUCCACCUGGGUGGACAAAGAUGACUGUGUCAAGGUUCAGUGCGUUCGUGACCCCGGAUCUGGGAAUGCAGCCGUAGAAUCCGUUCCAUAUGGAUGUUUUAUGGACAAUGUCUGUCAUGCACCUGGUUACAAGAUCACCAAAGACUGCCAGGAGUACGAGUGUAAAGGUGCAGGAGAGGGCUUCCAAGUUAUCAAAGCAGCUUGUACAUGGAAGGGUGGUUGCAAAGAAAAGGAUGAGACCUGGUUUGAUCCUCAGACCUGUACAAAGUAUGGUUGUUAUGAGGACGAAGAUGGACUAGAUGUGAUCGAGGUCACGUACGGAUGUACCAGCGAGAGCAGUCAGUGUAUACAGGGCGGGGCCCAGCACAGUGACGGAUGUAACAAGUUUGAAUGUGUUAACGGAAAGCUGCAGGCUAUAUCAAUGGGAUGUGAAUUUAAAGAUGGUUGCUUGGCUGCUCGUAAGAGGUAUUUUGAUAAGUUGAAUUGUGUGCAGUAUGCCUGCGUCGUCAAAAAUACAACAGAGGGUUCCAUAUCCACUCAACUUAAGGAAAGAUGGGGUUGUUUGGAUUACGAUAAGUGUUACCUGCCCACCCGUAAGAAGACAGAGGAUUGCACCACGUACAGGUGUAGAGCAAAGACCCGAUCGUUUUCAGUUCUUUAUACAGAGUGUGAGUGGAUGGGAAAAUGUGUGUCCCUUAAUACCACCUGGGAACAUUCCUCUAAGUGUCUGACUUACAAGUGUGUCCUGGACACGAAUACAGGUCUGGCUCGAGUAACAAGUAACCUCUGGGGUUGUAAGGAUGAAUCAGGCAUCUGUCAUCCGUUCGGAACACGACUUCAGUCGGAAAAAUGCGUAACAACGGAGUGUCAAAUGAGACCCGAGGGACCCAUCUUCUUUCCUGUUGAAAUAGGGUGCAAGUUUAGAAGACGUUGUCGUAAAUUGGAUUCUACAUGGAUCAACAGACGGAGGUGUGUCCAACAGACGUGUCAGUGGGCCCCCGGGGCAACGUCUCCAGAAGUUGUCAACACACCCUACGGAUGUCGGGAUAUGAGGAACAGAUGUCGUCCAUUUGGUUAUGUCUCAAAGGACACAGAAAACGAAUGUAUCCAGUACAAGUGUACACCGUUUGAGAUUUUCUCACCAAUUAAGACAGGCUGCCCCUGGCAGGGUACCUGUAUGACUGAAGGUAACGUCUGGUAUGACAAUGGAACGUGUGCUUUAUAUAAAUGUAUCCGAGAAAAUGUGGGACCCAGCAGCGUCAAAAUGCACACUCUCUCCUAUCCAGGUUGCCGUGGUUUCAAUAACGAGUGUUUGAAGGAAGGACAGAUUGUGGAAAAAGGCUGUACUAAGUAUCAGUGUAUCCCCAACAGAGGUGGACUUGUCAUCGUCAAGGAAGGCUGUGCAUACGGCGGAGAAUGUAAACCACUAAACUCGACUUGGUUUGUUCCGGAGACGUGUACAGAUUAUUCCUGUGUAUACGAUAGCGAGGCUAAAGACAUUUCAAUUGUGGAGAAAGCAGGUUGUAAAGAUGACGGUGGCAGAUGCUAUACCACCGGUGAAAGAAAGACGGAGGGGUGUAACAAGUUCCUCUGCAAUAAACAGUCAAACUUCCGCCCUAUUAAAAUGAGUUGCGAGUUUAAGGGAGAAUGCAAGGCCAUUGACAGUAGUUGGGUAGAAGGAUGCAUUACCUACACGUGUAGACUGAUCGCAAAGGGACCCAACUUUGUUCAGACCAACAUUGAGGAAAUACACGGUUGUAUUGGUGAUGAUGGCAAAUGUUACAACGUUGGUGAUGAACUCGUAGAAGACUGCUCCAAAUUCACGUGCAUCGCCGGGGGAAUCAUGCAAGAAACACAGUUUGGCUGUAAGGGUUUUAAUGGACAGUGUCUGUCAUCUGGGUCCACAUUAGAAGUUAACUGUGUCAAGUACGUGUGUGACGGUGAAGCUAAAAGUAUGGUUCCUGUGGAAAAAGCGUGUGAGUGGAAGGGAGGCUGUAAAGCUGUCGGUGUUAACUGGUUUGACAAAGAGUCCUGUCGAGGGUAUACGUGUGCUUUAGAUAUAACUGACAAUGAUGUUAAAAUUACUGAGAGAACAGUUGGAUGUACCCUAUCAACCGGUGAGUGCAAGCGCUCAAGAACUCUGCAAAACAGAGACUGUGUCCAGUACAAGUGUACUGCAAGAGGUGAGCUGAUUCCGAAAAGGAUUGCUUGUGAGUGGGACGGAGAAUGCGCAGACUUGGGUACCACGUGGGUAAGGAAUUGUACUCACUACAGGUGUGUUGUGACAAUGGAGGGCCCAGAUUUCGUCCAAACGGAGGUGCUGCAACAAAGAGGAUGCUUUGAUUCUCAUGGACAUUGUUAUGAUGUCAUGGAUGAGGUCAGUUUUGGUUGUAAUAAAUAUCGAUGUGGAUUGGGAGGCUCACUUGAACUCAUUGACUCAGGCUGUAUGGAUAAAUACGGCAGAUGUAUGAAGCCUGGUGAAAUCGUUGAAGACGCUGAUGGAUCUACCCAUAAGUGUGUGUGUGACGGCUCCUCCUGCCUCGUAGUUACUGAAGUGAAGGGUUGCAUGAUGAAUGGCACCUUGUAUCCAUUUGGUCAGAAAAAACAGGAUGGAUGCACAGUUUAUGAGUGUCAGAAUGUAAACAACUGUGGAAAGUUUGUACCAAUACAAUGGGGUUGUUACUGGGUGGACAGGUGUUACAGUCCCGGAGAAAAGUGGAAGUCACAACGAGGCUGCUCCAUCUUCACGUGCACUAUGAACCAGAAACCUAGCGGAGAUGUUGACAUGAUAGUGUCCAGGGAUAUAGGAUGUCCAUUCGAAAAUGAGUGUAAGGAAGAUGGAGAACAGUGGAGAGACGGAUGUUUUGAGAAGAAAUGUAAAGUUAGAACAAACAAGGACAACUCAAAGGAAUCCGCUAUUAAAAUCGUCAGUGGCGGAUGCCAGGAGGGUGUGGGAGACAGUAUGAUCUGUCACCCUCUGGGGAGUAUUUGGGAGGAACACCAUUAUGACGGAUGCUUCAAGAAGCAGUGUAAGACAGACCCGACUCUGCCGAACAAAUUUAUAACCAUGACUGUCGGGGCGUCAUGCCGGGAUGCCUAUGGUACGUGCCGUCCUGUCGGAUCAACUGGUUUUGACGCUUACGUCAAUGGUCAGUUAAGAGAGGAGUGCACGUGCUCACCAAAGGACGGACAAGUUAACGGUGUCCAGUACACGUGUAAAGCCAAAGCCAAUCCUUUUGAAUGUGAAGGGUGUUAAAGCCUGCUUUUUUGUAUAAUAAACUUUGAUUA